AUGGAACACGGUUCGAUUUCCAAACACUGUUGUGGUUCUAUUCCAACUUCUCAUCAUAGGGACAAAUUGGAAUCAAAGCUGAAGCGCCCACCUUCUCGCCUUGAACUGUUUGAUAGAUCACAUCGCCCUAAAAAUCCGAAAGAAAGCACUUCAAACAAUGACUAUGUUACACCUAAAACUAUGAUGAAUGUGGAUGCAUAUGCGGAUGGUAUGGUGACUAAAUAUGGUGAUGAUAUUGAUAGCCAUCCUCCGUAUGAUCAUGAACUUUGGGUUAAAGUUACUGGAGGUAUCAAUAAAGGGCGAGCACUUGGAUUUGGCUCUGUUUCUGAUCCACACAAGUUUAUGGUGCCUUCUCAAGCAGCCCCAAGUACAAGUACAAGUCCGAACAAUGUAGAGGUUUUUGUUGACCGUAUUCGUGAGGAGAUAAAUGAUGAGUUUACGGCGGAACGUGAAGAAAUUGAGGCCCAAAAACAAGAAAUUACCAAGAUUUAUAAUGACAUCCUAAAACUCACCCAAGGAAGUAACCUACCCAACAAAUUAGACCUUGACACUGGAUUUUUGUGA